GUGAUCGACUGGUAAUUUCAGACGUGCAAAUAGGCUGGGCAGCAGUUUGUCUUGAGACCAAUGUGUAUUUCUAUGUCUGUGUCAGUCUUCACGUUCUCGUGAACGAGCCAAACGGAGGAAUAAGAGUCUGGUUGCGAGGAGGUCGACGUACCCAGAUCGAUCUCUUCCGAGAACCCGUGUGCUUUCCGAGCUUUGCGGCCCUGGAGGGUGAAAUUUGGCCACAAAGUUCACAAAAUAUAAUGAUUUAUUUUCAACCAAGUGAAAUUGGAGAAAUUACAAGUGUUGCCUAUUUGGAAAUUAGUGGCCGUGAAGACAAACUUUCAUUGAGUUUGCAUGGAACUUGCAUUGGACCAAAUCUGCAAUUAUCAGCAAUUACAAUUGAUACUGGAAAUAUUUUUGUAUGUUUGUCACAUUAUUAUGAGCUUACAUGUUCAAAUAAUGGUCUAAUUCCUGGUGGUUUGAUUUAUAAAUCAAAAAAUACAGAUUUCGGAGGAACUCUACAAGUUACUCCUUCUGAAUUAAAUUUAGAGCCGGAGGACAUUAAAUCUUUUAUGAUUACAUUUACCUCGAUUCACAAAGGACAAUUUGUCGAGAGAAUUGAUUUUAUGAUAAAAGAAAGUCAGGAAAUUAUUUCAGUUUACAUAAGAGGUUUUGUUGUCUGUCCACUUCUUCGAUUUGACAGGGAAUAUUUAGAUUUUGGAAAAACAGCCAUUGGAUUUACAUAUGAACGAGAUUUUUGUAUAUACAAUGAUUCACCAGUGGCUGUAAAAUUCAAGUUGAAUGUUCCCGAUGACGGAUGUGAUCCACCUGUCACAUAUAAGGACUUUACGGAAACACAAAUAAAACCCACUUUUCCCUCUUAUCCACGUGAAAUUAUGAUCACUUCAGUUGAUGGUGUUAUUUGCCCUCAAACAUCUUUAACAGUCAAAGUACAUACAGAAAAAUCUUUGUUUCUAUAUAAAAUCGAUUAUAAAACAAAUUAUACAAUCUAAUGAUUAUUUUUAUUAUAUAUUUUGAUAGUAGUUUAGCGAAACAUAUAAAUUUUAUGAGAAUAUAAAAUUUUUUUUUUCUCUUCAAAAUACAGAUUUUUUAUACUCCGAAUAUUGUACGUUCGGGAAAAACAUUUCUUCGUCUCGAAAUGUGGGAUUCAGAAACAGAGACAAUUUAUUUACCAAUUGUAUUUUCAGUGGAAAUCGCUGAAUUCGUAGUAACGCCUAACGAAAUAGUAAUUGAUAUUUGCUUCAUUAAUUUUUCGUACACGAAAACAAUAUCGAUUCAAAAUAAAUCUGAAGUUGAGGGAUAUUUCUACUUUUCUCCUCAAUUCGUAAGAAUUAUUGAUAUUAUUCAAAUCCCUUUAAAUGUAAAUUAUUUAAUACUGUUCCACACUAGAAUUACAAGAAUUUAAUGUUUUGUCUGACUGAAAUUAAUUUAUUCUACUAGAUAUUAAAGUUCAAAAAUUUGUGUCUGACUGCAAUGGACAUUUACUACUAAUAUAUCAAAUUUUUAUGAAUUUUGGA